GAGAGAGAGAGAGAGAGAGAGAUAUGCAACUGUGACCACUGUCCAGCUCAGACAUCUUGAACCACCAAGGAUGUCUGGACCAGGACUGGCCAUCCGACUCCAUGAGUUUAGAGAGAGGCGGCUGGACAGCAGUGAGUUGCACCAGCUGUCCAAGAAAGCAGUGAGGCAAGGAAGGGACGUUAGUGGCAUGUAUCCAGGACAACUAGGAAGAGUUCAUACCCUACCCUCACCCAGUCGCAGGGUGAGGUUUGCUAGCCUGCAGUCCUCCCCAGAGACCUGUCCAGGCGGUGGAGAGCACGAUCAACACCUGCGGAGCUUCGACCUGCUGGCCAGUCAGGCGGCUAUGGCGCCAUCCAGCACUGCCGCCAUGACAACCUAUCAGCACCAGUUUGGCGCGUGGUCAGGCCUCUAUGAGUGACAGGCGAGGUGUGUAAGUGACGCUCCACACAAGUACCUGCCAUGAAGGCGCUGGGUGAGAUGCUGGGACUUCUGGCGGCGGCGACGGUGGUGGCGCUGGUCGUCGGUCCAGCCGAGGGACUGGUGCUGACCAAGUGCGAGAUGAAGGCGGAACUGGAGGCCAUGCUGCCCGACAUGGACGACGACGGCGACGGGAGGAUGGGCCGGUUCAACAUGGAGGACAUUCUGGCUAAGAUCGUCUGUAAGAUCGAGUUCACCACCCAGUUCAACACGAGCCACGUGACCGUCCUGGACACCUCCAAGCCCUCCUUCCCCGGCCUGCCCUCCAAGAGCGACGACAGUGGCGAGAGUUCCGCCUCCCCGGGCGAAGUCAGCAGCGAGCAGCAGGACGACAAGCCCGAGAGGCCGGUGCGUCCUCCCUGGGGCAAGUCCUUCGGCCGUCCCUGGACGCCCCCCCGCCGGGGCAAGCGCGCGUUGAUGGGCAGGUUCCGCCCCAUGGGGGGUCGGCCGUGGGGGGGGCGACCCAAGCCCGUGAAGGAGGAGGAGGACAGCCAGGAGGAGCCCGACGAGGUGGAGGCGGAGGUGGAGGAGGAUUCCUCCACCUGGACGCUCUACGGCAUCUUUCAGCUGGCUGACCGUGUGGUGUGCGAGACUGACGACACGCCCUCACUGAACGUCUGCCAAAUGCCCUGCAGUGAUUUGAUUGAUGAUGAUAUCAGUGAUGACAUCGACUGUGUAAAGGAAUUGAAGAGAACCCAUGAGAAAAUGAAAUUGGAUCCGAAGCAGAAAUUCAUGGCUCUCGCCAUGAAGGCCAAAAUGAUGGCAAUGAUGUUCCCUAAGGAAUGCCGCUCUGCUGUCGCCGCUGAGUACUUCGCCGAGUGCACAGACUGACCAAACGGACUGACCAACCGACCGAUGAGAUGCAGAACAACGCCCCGUCUUCUCCUUUCCCUGUGAUAUCCUGCUCCCAACAUCUCCACCGUAUUUGUGCUGCUGUCUGCCAUGUGUAAAG